CUCACCGCACCAUCUUCAAAGUCCAAACACCUUCCCGACACAGGCAUUAUCGCCGCCGUCGACACAGCCACCGCCGCCGUCCACAGCCUCCGCCCAGCCGUUGCACUCCGUCGCCUCACGCCCUCUCCUCAAGCCCAGCCGCGGCUGCACUCCGUCGCUGCUCUCCACUAGCCGCCGCGUCGCCACUGCUCCUCGCCGCCGGACGCAACUGCCGCACCUCCCCCCACUCCUCGCCGCUGCUGCUCGUCGGGGCCGUCUCAGCGUUUGGUUAUAUAGGUCAAGUGGAUUGUGAUAGUAUAUUGUAUUCAAGUUCAAAAAGUUCUUUGACAUCCAUUAGUGGAGGUGGUGUUUCAUCAUUUAUUGAAUUUCAACCAAAAGUGAAGAGUGGUUUUGUGAGGUCUGAGAAAUACACAAAGGGGAAGGCUGAGAAGAAGGAUUACUAUGAGCGUGAUAUAGUCUGGGCAAAAUGUGGAAAGAAGUGCCCUGCUUGGCCUGCCAUUGUUAUUGAUCCACUAUGGCAAGCACCUGAAUCUGUUCUUAGAGCUUGUGUUGCUGAUGCAAUUUGUGUGAUGUUCUAUGGGUACUCCAGAAAUUGACAAAGGCCUUUCAAGCAGGGCUAUGGAAAACAAUAAACAAACUGCAAUGCCUGAAAAGGUUGAAGUUGUCUGCAUGGGUGUUUGAAGGAAUUUAUUACCCAAAUCUUCAUUUAGUUCAGUGCAAGUGUGCUUCUUGCGGGACAAGGAAACAAACACUUAAUGAAUGGGAACGACAUACAGGAUCCAGGGCAAAGAAAUGGAAGCUUAGUGUCAAAGUGAAGGGUUCAAUGAUAACUCUCGAAAAAUGGAUUAGGGAUCAUAGUGUUGCUGCUGUGAAGUUAGAUCAUCAGCAGUUGUUUGCUUUUCUGCAAGCAAAGUUCAGAGAAAGACUAGAGCCUAAUAAGGAUAAGAUCCCAGCACAUAUCAUUCAAGUUAUUGAAGAACUGACCAAACUCCAACUACUUGAAGCGAGUUCUAGUGAAUUUAACGUGACACGUAACUAUUUAGAUUGGUUGACUGCUUUGCCAUGGGGCACUUACAGCAAUGAGAACUUUGAUGUGUUAGGAGCACAGAAAAUACUUGAUGAAGACCAUUAUGGACUAAGUGAUGUUAAAGAGAGAAUACUGGAGUUCAUUGCUGUGGGAAAACUUAGAGGAACUUCACAAGGUUGGUAACUUUUUAUCUCAUUACUACAUGACUAUGACAAUGUUGCAAGAUCCUCUAUUCAUCUCCUUGAACAGUUAAUACAUAACUACAAAAAAUGUGUGUAAAUAAUGCAUCAGAUAAACAGAGACUGGUGCAACAUAAGUGGAUUAAAUUUUGUCCAGAGCAACUCAUAUUAGUUCAAAGAGAUUUUACUGAUAUUA